CGCCGUGGCCCUCGCGUUUCGGUAUCGGAUCUCGUAGCGCUCUGGAGGCUUGUUCAAACCGCUGAAAAUGGCUGAAAGUUGAGAUUUCUCCGAGGUCCGAAGCCGACGGUAGCAAUCCGACGCUAAGAUUCCGAUUCCGAUCGUCUCCCGAUCAACCCGCCAUAUUGCCAGCUCCAAGAUAGCUUCUUUUUUUGAGCCAGUAGACUGGUUGUUGGAGCAAUUAAGACGCUAGAAGCUACCUACUUAUAGAGAGAGUAAAGAAAGCUGAAGUUUUCGCAAAGAGAUGCCGACAGAAUUAGAGAACUCAUCGGCGAUGACUGCCUCCAACUCCGCCUCCGGCGAGGCCAGCGUCUCCUCCGGCGGCCAGCAGCCCCCCUCCCCCGCCGGGGCUGUCCCUGUCAAAAAGAAGCGGAAUCUCCCCGGAAUGCCAGAUCCGAACGCUGAAGUGAUCGCGCUCUCACCGAAAACCCUAAUGGCGACCAACCGAUUCGUGUGCGAGAUCUGCAACAAAGGGUUUCAGCGGGACCAGAACCUGCAACUCCAUCGGAGGGGCCAUAACUUGCCGUGGAAGCUAAGGCAAAGAACCGGCAAAGAAGUCAAAAAGAGAGUCUACGUCUGCCCCGAGCUGAGCUGCGUCCACCACGAUCCAUCGAGAGCCCUCGGCGAUCUCACCGGAAUCAAGAAGCACUUUUGCCGGAAGCACGGCGAGAAGAAGUGGAAGUGCGACAAGUGCUCGAAGAAGUACGCCGUCCAGUCCGACUGGAAAGCCCACUCGAAGACCUGCGGAACGAGGGAGUAUCGCUGCGAUUGCGGAACCCUCUUCUCUCGGAGGGACAGUUUUAUUACGCACAGGGCGUUUUGCGAUGCGCUGGCGGAGGAGAGCGCGAAAGCGCACAGUGUGAGGAGUGACGGCUGCGGCUGCGGAGGUGGAGUUUCCGAUUCAGUCAAUACCGCCGCCGGAAAAACCGCCCGAGCCCACUUCCCCUCUCUCCACCAACUCGUCGAUCUUCUCGCCUCCGUCCGGUUGCGUCGGCACCCACCAAUUCGCCGCUCCGCCGCCGCCUCCGUCCCUCACAUGUCAGCCACCGCAUUGCUACAGAAGGCCGCGCAAAUGGCGGCGGCGCCCACCACUCCCUCGUUCCUCCGAGGCCUAGGGCUGGCCCCGUCAUCCUCAUCGUCCUCUGCCAACAACAACAGCAGCAACCAAGAGAACUGGAGCAAGCUCGAGCAAGAUCCGUCCCCGAUGCUGCUAGGGCUGGGCCUGCCGUACGACAGCGGAGCCGGGCUGCCGGAUCUCAUGAUGGGCCCGUCUUCUCUGUUCGGGCCAAAACCGGCGACAUUGGACCUCCUCGGUAUAGGGAUGGGCCCGGCGGGGUCAUCAACCGGCGGGCUGUCGGCGCUGAUGAACUCUAUCAGCAACGGGCUUGACGUCGGACCGGGGGGUUCAGCUGGGCCUUCAUGGGAUGGGCCUGAUAGGAAGCCCAGCAGCUCUGCUAUACUCUAGUGAUCUCUGUGCAGGUAUGAAGCUUAGUUUUCAGUACAAUGGGGUAGAUGUAGAGGGAGCUAGUUCUUUUUUGGGGUUAGAAAGUAAGCAUGGGUUCAAUUUUAAGUUAAUUUUUGUCGAAGUAGUGAGUAGUAUGUUUAUGUGAAUGAAUGUAGACAAGAACUUUUUUGGGCUCUGGAGUUGUGGAUUUUAGGAAGCUUCUUUUGAGCUCAAAAAGAGAAGUUAAUGUGUAUGUAAGUAUUAAGACAGUAGUCCAGAAAUUGGUACAAGAAACAAAAAAAGAGAGAGCUCACACUUUUUCUUUGUCUGAAUGCUUGUUUCUGGAUUAGUGUUUGGAUUAAAUAUUGAUGAAAUUUUGUUGAUUUUA